AUGGGUCCAAAAAAUAGAAGAGAAACAGACCAGAAAAAACCAGAAACCCCCUGUCCUAGACAAAGGAGUAGGUCCACAUCAACAAAAAGAAAAGUAACUUCUCCUGAGGAAAUAGUAAACUCUGAAAAGAAAUAUAGACAGUCAGGAGAGUCCAAUAAAUUAGAUCAAGAUAAGAAUAAGAAAGAGAGCAUGGACACCAAUAACAGUAAUAUAAAUAUGAAUGAGAGCUCUCAGUGUGAAACUCAAAAUAUAGCUGUUGCUCAGAAAGAUGGAGCAGAUAUAACUGCCAAUGAUAUAGACAAUGCACAUAGAGUAGGUUCUCCUAAGAAAGACAAGACAAGAGACAUUAUAGUUAAGUUCACCGCCUACAGAGCUAAAACAAAGUUCAUCAAAUUGAUUGUUGUUGAUGAUGAUGAUGAUGAUGAUGAUAUGGUGAUGUUUGAUGAUAAUGAUGUGAUAACAUGGUUGUGUUUGAUGCUGAUGAUUAUGUUGAUGAUGUCAAUGAUGAUGAGUGUGAUUAUGGAUAUUAGUGAUGAUGAUGAUGAUGAUUAUGAUGUUAUAGCAGUGCUUAGUGAUGAUGAUGAUAGUGAUAAUGAUGAUGUAACCAAUAAAUGUAAAGAUCAAACUGCUGAUUGUAAAUAUGAUGAUGAUGGUGAUGAUGAUGAUAAUGAUGAGAACAUGUUUCGUGAAUAA